AUGCGAGCGGCGCUGAGCCUCGCCGCGCUCGGCGCGCUGCUGGCGCCGCUGUGCGCGCAGCCCCACGACGCCGUGCUGCGCAUCGACCAGGGCCUGCUCGGCGACGCGGGGACGGCCGGAGGGGCGCAGGGCGCCGGGGGGCUGCUGGGCGCCGGGGGGCUGCUGGGCSCCGGGGGGCUGCUGGGCGGCAACGGCGUCCUCGGCAUCCUCGGCGAGGGAGGUCUGCUCAGCACCGUGCAGGGGCUCUCGGGGCUGCGGAUCGUGGAGCUGACGCUGCCGCGGGUGUCGCUGCGGCUGCUGCCCGGCGUGGGUGUCCACCUCAACCUCUACACCCGGGCGUCCAUCAGCGCCAAGAGCCUCCUGGGCUUCCUGGACAUCGCGGUGGAGGUGAACGUCACGGCGCGCGCCAGGCUCACCAUGGGGGGCCCCCCCGGGAGCUCCCCCCGGCUCGUGGUGGAGCACUGCGACACCCUGCUGGGUGGCAUCCACAUGCGCCUCCUGCGUGGCCUGCUCCCCAUUGUGGACAACCUGCUGGCCACCGUCCUGAACAGGCUUCUCCCCAGCCUGCUCUGCCCUGUAGUCGACGUYGCCCUGGGCCUCGUCAAUGACCAGCUGGAGCUGGUGAACUCGCUGGUGCCGCUGGGCUUGCUGGGCAGCAUCCAGUACACGGUGUCRAGCCUGCCACUGGUGACCGGCCAGUUCCUCGAGGUGGACUUGAACACUGUGGUGGGGCGCGUGGCAGGAGGCCUGGUCGACCACCCCCUGGGCCCACCGGAGGCUGCGCCCACGCCAAGGGUCCCCAUGCCCCCGCUGCCACCCAUGCCGGACAGCAGCUCCUCACAGCUGGGCCUCUCCGUGAGCUUCCUGAGCUCCGUGCUGGCCAUGCUGCAGAAGCAGGGGGUCCUGGAYGUGGACAUCUCCAGCGGGAUGUUUCCGGAGCUGCCGCCGCUGACGACAUCGACGCUCGGAGCCCUCAUCCCGGCGGUUUUCCAGGCUUACCCCGAGUCGCACGAACUGCUGCUGAAAAUCGCCGUGCCCAAAGCACCGGCGGUGACCUUAAAGAAGAACAAAGGUGUGAUCCGKCUCACGGCCGCGGUGGAGGUGAUGGUGCUGCACCCCGACGACGUGCAGAAGUCGCUGUGCCUCCUCAAUGCUGACGCUGCUCUGCUCGCCCGCUUCUCGGUGGAGGAGAACAGACUGCGGAUCAGCGUCACCCUGGAGAAGACUGAGCUCUUCUUGGUGUCUUCAUCCAUUGGCAACUUUGAUACCUCGCUCCUGGACAUGCUGGUGCAGAAGAUUUUCGACGUGGCCUUCCUGCCCAUCAUGAACAGCAUGCUCGGAAGAGGCAUUCCCCUCCCCAAGCUGCUCAACAUCGACUUCAGCCACGCCGACGUGGACGUCAUUGAGGACCUGCUCGUGUUGUCGGCGUGAGCCAGGAUGUGGCUCGGAGAUGGAGYCCCGCGUUGGACACCCCCUCGGGAGCAGCGG